AUGGGUGUAACGGGGGACAGUCCAGAGACAACUACUGAUCAAUACGAGCAGCAGGGAGAAGAAGAAGGGAGUCAGACAGAAGCCCGAGCUCCCGUCCUGCUGCCAACCAUCAACAAGAAGAAGAAGAAAAACAGGAGGAGGUUGACGAUCAACCUCACCAACUGCAAAUAUGAAAGUGUGCGGCGAGCGGCUCGUAGAUACGGUCUCAGCGAGACGAUGGAGGACGAAGACUGGACGCUGUUCUGGACCGACUGCUCGGUGUCUCUGGACCGGGUUAGGGACAUGAAGCGUUACCAGAAAAUCAACCAUUUCCCAGGGAUGAGUGAAAUCUGCCGCAAAGACUCGCUGGCGAGAAACUUGAACCGGAUGCUGAAACUUUUCCCCAAAGACUACAACAUCUUCCCCAGAACGUGGUGCCUUCCUGCAGAUUACAGUGACUUCCAAGCGUUCACCAGAGCCAAAAAACGUAAAACCUACAUCUGUAAGCCAGACAUGGGCUGUCAAGGGAAAGGCAUCUUCAUCACCAAAUCUGGUAAAAAUAUCCAACCAGGAGAACACAUGAUCUGCCAGGUGUACGUGUCCAAGCCUUUCAUCAUUGAUGGGUACAAGUUCGACCUGCGGGUCUACGUGUUGGUGACGUCAUGUGACCCGUUCAGCAUCUUCAUGUUCAAGGAGGGCCUGGCUCGCUUCUGCACCACAAAGUACACCGAGCCGACACAAGGCAACGUGGACAAUGUGUGCAUGCAUCUGACCAACUACUCCAUCAACAAGAACAGUGAGAACUUUGUCCGUGAUGAGGACGUCGGCAGCAAACGAAAACUGUCCAGCCUCAACAAGCUCCUGGAGUCCAUCAGCUGCAACACAGAGAAGAUGUGGAGCGACAUCGAGGACAUCAUCAUAAAGACGCUGAUAUCCGCCCACCCCAUCCUCAAACACAGUUACCACACCUGUUUUCCCAACCAGACCGCCGGCAGCGCCUGCUUCGAGAUCCUCGGCUUCGACGUGCUGCUGGACCGCCGACUCAAACCCUGGCUGCUGGAGGUGAAUCACUCCCCGAGUUUUACCACGGACUCUCAGCUGGACCGCGAGGUGAAGGACGCGCUGCUCUACGACACGCUGGUCCUCAUCAACCUGGACGCCUGCGACCGUCGCAGGAUCACCAAGGAGGAGAGGCGCAUGGUGAAGGACAGGCUGCAGCAGAUCCGCAGAAGAGAGGACCGGUCAGAGGAGCUGCGGCAGAGCCAGGCAGCUACGGCGGAGCAGAUGGAGAAGUACGAGGCCAAUCACCUGAGGGGCUUCAAAAGGAUCUACCCCAGAGAGGGGGGCGAAAAAUACGACCAGUACUUCAAACACAGCAGCUCCCUGUUCCAUGAGACAGCAGCAUCCAAAGCCAGACAGGAGUGUGCCAGGCACCAGCUGCAGGAGCUGCGUCUGAAGCAGGAGCAGAACGAGCUGAAAAUGAUCAGGAGGAAGGACCUGCAGGGAGAAACAGCCGGGGAGAAAGUUAGACCAAGAGGAAAGUCAGCUCGGCCGACCUUUGACCCUCGGCCUGGGAGUCUGCAUGGCGUGGAUGAGGCGCAGCGUCCACAGGCGCCUCUGUUUGAACUCUCUGUGGAUCCAGAGACCGCAGGAGAGGAGGAGCAGUGCCAGGGGGAGGAAGUGAACGAUUCCGAGGAGCAGGAGCGGAUGGACGCACUGCUCCAGAGGAGGAAACUGCUGGAGGACCUGGGGGUGGUGAACUGGAUCCAGCAGCUGCUGCCGACGUGUCAAACAAAGGGACAAGGGGUCCUGCAGGACGCCAGUGAGACCUGCAGGACCCAGCAGAGACCAGAGCAGCUGAAGUUCUGCUCAAACGCGACUCAACAGAACCUUCUCAGGCCCAGGGGGGCCGGGAGGGGCCUGAACAGGUCCGACUUCCUGCGCUCAGAGGCUGAGGGCCCGAUCAGACCUGGAGAAAUGCCCAGCAGGACCCAACAGGACCCGGGUGCAGGUUCUGUGGACGGCAGGAGAAGCUCCUACGUGGACCCAAAGUCCCGGGGCAGGAUCCCCGUCGUAAACCAGGUCCACAAAGGGUCCCACGACCCCGCAGACCUGCAGAGCCUGUUCGUCGUCUCGCGCGUCCCUAUCCUCAGCAGGCCUGGAUUAUCUCACUACUCGUCCCGCAGAGCCCCCCAGCACGGAAAAGGGCUCUGA